UAAGCUCAGGUUUUCUGUUACAGAGGUGCCUGUUAACUGUCCUGGAUGCGUGAUUUCUCUCUUCUAUAAAUGUCACUCUUUAGUCUCAGAUACCUCUUGCCAUAUACAAUCUUUAUUACAAUAACAGCAUAUUUUUUAAGGAGCAAUGCAUCGAGGGAUUUGGCUGGAGAGAGCGGCGUUUCUGACGUGACAGAACACGUCUUUAGAUGCUUUUGAAGUAAGCAGAGAAAGGAACGCUGACUGUAGCAAAUUACCCGGCUUGAAACAUUUUUGACAUAAGUCCUAAAAGAAGGGUGAGCCACUUCUUCUGGAGGCCCCAUCGGGAGCGUUUUAUCUCGGGCCACGAGAGGCAGCGUUGCUGACAGAGUGACGGGAUGGCUGGACACGCUUCCAGGCACCAGUGACGGACAUGAGGGCUUUCAGAACAGGGCCACUGCAUGUGCUUCACCACCACGGUCAAUGCAUCAGCUGAAGAUGAAGAGGUGUCUAUAUCAGCUCAUGAGCACAGGUUCAGGCUCUUUAGCUCACUGGAGUAUGAUGGGCAGCUCUACAUGACCCCUCUUGAUUUCAUUGAGUCUGUCACCAUGAGUGAACCAAAGAAAAAGAGAUUUUGGAAAUCUCUUACAAAACAGGAUAUAGACAAGAUACUGUCUGAUACUCCACCUGUUCGUAAAGGAUCUUCACGAUUUUUCAGAAACCUGCGGGAAAAAGGCAUCAUCGCUUACACAGAGUAUCUGUUUCUGCUUUGCAUUCUGACAAAGCCACAUGCAGGUUUUAAAAUAGCUUUCAACAUGUUUGAUGCAGAUGGCAAUGAAAUGGUGGAUAAGAGGGAAUUCAUGGUGCUUGAGGAAAUAUUCCGUAAGAAAAAUGACAAGAAAAAGGAACGUGCAGGAGAUCCUGACAGUUUGUCUCAACUGAGUGUGGAACUGUACGGAUAUCAAGGCUCCGUCAGCAGUAAUGUGCUUAAAAAAGAACAGCCUCAGUCUGAGCCCAGACAUUUCUGGGAUCUUCUGAGGCAGGGUGCAAGAAUAGUUCUCUUUUCUGAUCUGACAGAGCACGAACCAGAAAAUGUCACAGACACAACUCUGCUAGUGCAUUUCUUUGGGAGAAAGGGCAAAAGUGAACUCAACUUUGAUGAUUUCUACAGAUUUAUGGACAACCUGCAGACAGAGGUCCUUGAGAUUGAGUUCCUCAGCUAUUCCAGGGGAAUGACCACCAUCAGCGAGGAGGACUUUGCGCGUAUCCUGCUACGUUACACCACGGUGGAGAACAUUACUGGCUACCUUGAGAAUGUGCGUCAAAGCAUACCAGACGAGAAGGGUAUCACCUUUGAGGAGUUUAGGUCCUUCUUUCAGUUCCUCAACAAUUUAGAGGAUUUUACCAUUGCCAUGCAGAUGUACAACUAUGCACAUCGUCCAAUUGGACAAGAUGAGUUUGCCCGUGCAGUCUAUGUGGCCACUGGACUAAAGCUCUCACGUCAUCUCGUGAACACUGUUUUCAAGAUCUUUGAUGUCGACCAUGAUGACCAGCUAAGCUACAAAGAGUUCAUUGGUAUUAUGAAGGACCGCCUGCACCGUGGCUCUUGGGGUUACAAAGGUGAAGAGAGAUUCACAUCCUUUAAAGGCUGUAUGAAGAAGGAACUCAGUGGAAAAUAGGUGAAUCCCACUCAGUGUUUCUCUCUCAAAUCACAGUAAGGAAAAUGUCAAGUUGUUCUCAGUGACUUAAUUCUGUUAAAAUCUGUGUCCAAUUAGAUUAACACUUGCUACCUCUUUGGCCUAUAGUAACAGGUUUGUCACUUGUCAGGCAUUUUUAACUCUAUUAAAACCAUGAACUAAAGGGUACAACACUUUUUAAAUAGCUACAGAAGUUUUAUUAAUACCAGGUUAUUUUAAAAACGGUCUUAUACAAUUUUUAGGGUCCAGCAACCAGAUUUUUGAAUACAUGAAGCUGCUUUAAUAAUAGUCUUAAUGUUACAUUAUAAAUGAAAUAUUUUACUUCUUUUCGAGAAUUGUUACUUAUGAAUAUGCUACAUGGAACAGAAAAUGUCAAAUAGGCUUAAUUUUGCUGUAGUACAUAGUUAUUUAUUCUAUUUAUCUAUAAAGUUUAAUAUUGUUAUGGUAUAAGCUAUAGAUAUAUUUAUCUUACUCUAAUUUAUUGAGUAAAAAUGGACAAUGUCUGUAUCGUUCCCUGUUUUGCUGCUGCAUUAUGCAUUUUUUUCUGUAGGAAUUAUAGCCAAAUAAUCUUCCCUUACAAAUGAGCACAAUGCUAACAUAGUUUCUCUCAACCUGUUGAUUGCCAGUUUACACACAGGAACUGAUAAUGCUAAAUGCGCAGAGAAAUAACAAUUCUUAGUAAUCUCACAAUAUGCUAGACAUACAGAUCUCUUUUAUGAAUUUCUUACUGCCACUGUUUGAAGAAAUAUUUAGCAAAGCAUAAACCAAAAGCAAGUAAAACAGUCAGCAGAACACUAAGCAUACGCAUCAGGGAUGAUGUAUCAUGGGAUCAAAUAUUGACCAUGUUUUACACUCUUUUAUAUUGUAAUCAAGAUCAACAGAAGUUAUUAUUGUCUGUACCGUUGUCUGCAUAAAAAGUCUGUAUUGGUGUUAAAAUUGCUUGGAUUGAUUAUUUAAGUUCACAAACAAAAUAAAAAAAAUAUUUG